AUGGGAGCUUCGGGAACCUCGGGAACCGUGCUGCGGUGUCUUUUGGUUUCACUGGCCUGCCUAAGGUGGGCAGCCGGUGCUCACUGCGAGGGCGAGGGUUGCAAGGCUGCCGAAGAGGCCGAGUCCACUGAGCUGCUGCAGCACGCGGCGAAGGACUCCGCGGCGAAGGACGGGUGGGGGCGCUACAACUCGUAUGGCCAUGGUGGUGGAGGAUAUAAGAAGCCCAACAUCUUAGUCAUCAUCAUCGACGACAUGGGCUGGAACCAGGUCGGGUUCCGCGCCCGCCCGGCCAACUUGGAUGUGGUCACGCCCAACAUCGACUGGAUGGCAUCUGAAGGGAUCAUCAUGGACCGGUUCUACGCGACUCCCUGGUGUGCUCCAAGCCGCGGCGCUCUGCAAACAGGUCGGCUGGACGUCUUGAACCCCUACAUUGCCAACAACGUCUGGAACUGGGAUCCGAGUGCCAGCUACGUUGACAAGGCGGGCCAGACGAAGACGACACCGAUCAUCGGAGGGGUGCAGCCCAACACGCUGACCAUCGGCAAGCGCCUGAAGGAGAUGGGCUACCGAACCCACCUGAAUGGCAAAUGGGGCAUCGGUGGUGGCGCCUUCCUGAACACGCCCAUGGGGAUGGGCUACGAGACGUUCAUGGGCUGGUUCGGAGACAGCAUGGAGAGCUGCGAUGGCACCGAGCCUGGCUUUGCUGUUGGAGGAGCUGGGCCCUUGAUGAAUGCCCUGCCUGGCUUUUGGCGGCAGGACAGCACCGAGAACUUCAACUCUUCCUGGUGCGAGCUCCUACGCGCAGACUACCUCCUUGGCAAGCUCAGCGAGGAAGAGUUUUUUGUGGGCUGCAAGAGCUUCAAGCAGGAGCUCGAUGACGUGGCUGACGAGAAGAUUCGGCGGCGAUCACGGCAGAUCAUUCUGGAGCAUAACUAUGAGGAGGCGCCGCUCUUCUUGGUCCACGCUUUGCAGCUCAUGCACCUGCCCAUCCAAUAUCCCCGGCGCUUCGCACGGACGACUGUGCAGAACCUCACGCACCCGACCAACGAGGACCUGCGCUCUGCGACCUACGGCGCUCUGGAAUACGUGGACUGGGUGAUCGGGGACCUCACCUGGGCGUUGACGGAGCUCAAGCAGUACCAGAACACCAUCGUCUUCCUCACCUCCGACAACGGCGGCGCCAUCUACGCAGGCACCGCCAACAACAACUACCCCUUGCGGGGCGGGAAGUUCAACAACUUCGAGGGCGGCCAGCGCGUGAACGCCCUCUUCUCAGGGGGCUGGGUCACGGAGACCCUGCAGAAGUACCACGUGCAGCCCUUCACAAGCAACACCGUCAUGUCCAUCAACGACCUGUCCGAGACCUUACUGGAGAUGAUCACGGGAAGGCCAUAUCCGGACGGCGGAAUGCGGAAUGAGCCUGGACCGCUUACGGGCGUACCCAUGUGGAGGGCCAUCUUCGAGAAGACUCAGGUCCCGCGCAAGAUCACCUACUCGGAAGUCAUGGAGUUGCGCGUUGGCGCAAACAUCGUGGACCUCAAGAAGAUCUGGUUCACCGAGAACAGUACCCUCAUCUCCGAUGGCAACUGGACGCCCAACUUCCCGAACAACUCCCAGUUUAUCCCCGACUUCGCCUACAAGUACGUGCGCCCCUGCAGUCAGCCUUACUGCUACUUUGAUUUGCACCUGGACCCCUUCGAGCAAAAGAACCUCCCUUUGGACCCCUUGCAGGAGGAGGCUCUUCGACAGGAAGUGCGUGAGGACUGGGACCUCUUCGUCAUUGACACCUCACGUGUGCGGCAGAUCGACAGGAACAUUCCAACCCCCAAAAAGGUCUCACUGUGGACACACAUGGGUGCUUCGGGCCCUUUCCUCAAUGCUGCUGCGGUGCCUGUGAUCCCACCCUUUGCCGAGUGCUGGUGCCGCUGGAUCGAUGAUGGCUUGGAGCCGGAGAGCGUGACGCACGUCAUCUUCAACCUCUACCUUGGUCCCAGGUGCGUCGACGAUGCGGCUGCCCAGCUCGCGCCGGGUGCACUCCGAUGUCGACCGCCCCUGCGCCUCACGCAGGCCCCCAUCCCGUGGAACUUGUCGGAGGCGCUGUGGGCCGAGAUCGGCUUCGAGACCGAGGACUUCGACCGGAUCCGGAAAGCUGAGUGGCUCGUGGGGCCAUUCUCGCUUCCCGUGCCCCUGCUGCUCUUGGAAUGGAACUUGCCGGUGAUCGCAGGCUUGCGGGCGAUGAACGACCGCAUCGGUUUCGCCAACUGGGCCAACAUCGGAAAGUACCCCUUCAAUCUGGCCUAUACUGAUCACUGUCCUGAGUUUGACAUCUUCACCGCGCCGACGCCCGUCACCCAGGUGACGGACUGGCUCCUGUCUGCCGGGAUCUUCAACAAUCCCACGGGGGGAGCUGGCAACGGCACGGAGAGGAACGUGACGGCAUGCUUUCCCAUCAACGCCACCUCGUCUGUUUGUCCAACCUUGGAUAACAAUCCGCCAACCGUGGAUGGCUACAACGUCCCGGUCUACGGCACCCUCGAAUGCUUGCAGUACUGCGUGCUGUGGAACCCUGACCAGUGA